AUGAGCAACAAGCAAACGAAACAAGCAAAUAAAAAGGAUAAUAAAAAGAAGGAAAGUGAUAAGAAAAAACAAACCUCUAUGACGUUUUCGUUGGGGAAGAUAUUUACGAUCUUUGCAGUUCUAGGUAUAGUAGCAUCUUACUAUGUCUACAAAGUACUUACAACAACACCGGAAUUACCUAAUAUUGACAUGAAUGAAUAUUGGGGUCCAUACCCUAUGGAUCUCAAACAAGAUUUAUCAAUAAGGUCUUACAAGAUAGAAUUUUCAGAUGUAAUUGUGAAUGACCUCAGAGAAAGACUUCUUCAUCGCAGACCAUUUCCUCCACCUCUUGAAGAUGCUGGAUUUACUUAUGGCUUUAAUUCAAACUUUCUAACCAGAGUUCUUGAUUAUUGGCAAAAUAGUUACAAUUUCAAGGAUAGAGAACAAUUCUUCAAUAAAUACAAUCAUUUCAAAACAAAUAUUCAAGGGCUGGAUAUUCACUUUAUACAUGUUAAGCCAAAUGUGCCGAAUACUAUUGUAGUGCCUUUGUUACUACUCCAUGGCUGGCCAGGCUCUGUAAGAGAAUUCUAUGAGAUCAUUCCAAAAUUGACAACUCCUACACCAGGGUACAAUUUCGUCUUUGAAGUCAUUGUGCCAAGCUUACCUGGAUUUGGAUUUUCACAAGCAAGUGCUCGGCCAGGUUUGAGCCCAUCAAAAAUAGCAGUAAUACUGGCUAAUUUAAUGAAACGAAUUGGUCAUGAACACUACUAUAUUCAAGGCGGUGAUUUCGGACACACAGUGGGCUCGAUAAUGGCGACAUUAUUUCCCGAUAAGGUGCUUGGGUUCCACACUAACAUGCCAACAGUCAUGUUUAACAAGAUGGCAUACUUGUAUAUAUUCUUAGGUUCAUUCUGGCCCAGUCUCAUUGUGGAACCAGAGUUGCAGUAUCGUAUGUAUCCAUUGAGUAAACACAUAGCAGGAUUGCUGGAAGAAUCAGGGUAUUUGUACAUUCAAGCAACCAAACCUGAUACAGUUGGUAUAGCUCUGACGGACUCUCCAGCUGGUUUAGCGGCAUAUAUUCUAGAAAAGUUUUCUACAUGGACAAAUCCUGAUUACAAAAAGGCAAAUGAUGGGAACCUUCUAGCAAAAUACUCACUAACACAUCUCUUAGAUAACGUCAUGUUAUAUUGGGCUUCUAACAGUAUAACUACAUCAAUGAGAAUGUAUGCUGAAGCCUUCAAUAAAAAGGAGCUCAGUCUCCAGUUAGCCGAAAUUCCAACAUCAGUGCCAACCUGGGGUAUUAAAUUUAAACACGAGAUCGCAUUCCAUCCGGACUGUAUUCUAAAGUUGAAAUAUAAAAACUACCUUCAAAGCACUGUGGUUGAGGAUGGAGGGCAUUUUGCAGCUUUUGAGAAUCCUGACAUAUUGGCCAAUGAUAUAUUCCAAGCCGUCGAUACAUUCAGACAAUUUCAUAAUCAGCAAAGGUAA